AGCGCGCGGUCUGAGUCAGCUUUUUCAGUUCACUUGCAAUCCCUGUUUCGGGUGAUUUUACCUUGUGAUGGCUGCCGCUGCUGUUGCCACUCCGGGGGCCACUGUGCUCCCAUCCUCGACACCCGGAGGUGGAGCUCCUCCAGGAGCAGCCCUGGCAGCUGGUGUGGCGGGCAAGGGUCCGGGAAAUCUGCUAGAGAUCACUGGCGAGGCAAAUAUCGUGAACUAUAUGAAGAAUCGAUUGAGGAAGGGCGCCAUGAAGCGCAAGGGUCUCGAAUUGGUCAAUGGCCAUCGAUUUGGAGUGAGAUUCUUUAAGAAUCCUACUUACUGCGGUCACUGCAAGGAUUUCAUCUGGGGCUUUGGCAAGCAAGGUUUUCAGUGCGAGGAGUGCCGCUUCAACAUCCAUCAGAAGUGCUGCAAGUUUGUGGUGUUCAAGUGCCCUGGAAAGGACACGGAUUUCGAUGCGGACUGUGCCAAGGUGAAACAUGGCUGGAUUUCGACCACCUACACCACACCCACGUUCUGCGACGAGUGCGGCCUGCUGCUCCAUGGAGUGGCCCAUCAGGGCGUCAAGUGCGAGAAUUGCAACCUCAAUGUGCACCACUCGUGCCAGGAGUCGGUGCCACCCAUGUGUGGAGCAGACAUAAGUGAGGUGCGUGGCAAACUACUGCUCUACGUGGAGCUCAAAGGCAACAACCUGAAAGUGGACAUUAAGGAAGCGGCCAACCUAAUCCCCAUGGACACCAAUGGCUUCAGCGAUCCCUAUAUCGCUGUGCAAAUGCACCCGGAUCGUUCGGGACGCACCAAAAAGAAGACCAAGACCAUUCAGAAGAACCUCAACCCGGUCUUUAAUGAGACCUUUACUUUUGAACUACAGCCGCAGGAUCGUGACAAGCGGUUGCUGAUCGAGGUCUGGGAUUGGGAUCGUACUUCUCGCAAUGACUUCAUGGGUUCGUUUUCGUUCAGUCUGGAGGAGUUGCAAAAGGAGCCCGUCGAUGGCUGGUACAAGUUCCUUUCCCAAGUGGAGGGUGAACACUACAACAUUCCCUGCGUGGAUGCCUUCAAUGAUAUAGCGCGGCUCCGCGAUGAGGUCAAGCACGAUCGUCGACCGAAUGAGAAGCGUCGCAUGGACAACAAGGACAUGCCGCAUAACAUGAGCAAACGGGACAUGAUUCGAGCUGCUGAUUUUAACUUUGUCAAGACAAUUGGCAAGGGGUCCUUUGGCAAGGUCCUGCUGGCCGAGCGUCGAGGCACCGACGAGCUGUAUGCCGUGAAGGUCCUGCGAAAGGAUGUCAUCAUCCAAACGGACGACAUGGAGCUGCCGAUGAAUGAGAAGAGAAUUCUAGCCCUUUCCGGUCGUCCUCCGUUCCUCGUCUCCAUGCACUCCUGUUUCCAGACCAUGGAUCGAUUGUUCUUUGUAAUGGAAUACUGCAAAGGAGGGGACCUUAUGUAUCACAUGCAGCAGUACGGAAGAUUCAAGGAAUCCGUGGCCCUUUUCUACUCUGUGGAGGUGGCCAUUGCCUUGUUUUUCCUACACGAACGUGACAUUAUCUAUAGGGAUCUGAAGCUAGAUAAUAUUUUACUAGAUGGUGAGGGACACGUAAAGUUGGUCGACUUUGGGUUGAGCAAAGAGGGCGUGACCGAGCGGCAGAAUACGCGCACUUUUUGUGGCACUCCAAACUACAUGGCUCCAGAAAUUGUCAGCUAUGAACCAUAUUCCAUCGCUGCUGACUGGUGGUCCUUUGGUGUCUUGCUAUUUGAAUUCAUGGCUGGCCAGGCUCCAUUUGAAGGUGAAGACGAUAAUGCUGUCUUCAGAAACAUCAAGGAAAAAAAGGCCGUGUUUCCCAAGCAUUUUAGCCAAGAGGCCAUGGACAUUAUAACCAGCUUCCUGACCAAAAAGCCUAACAAUCGGUUGGGAGCAGGACGUUAUGCCAGGCAGGAAAUAACCACGCAUCCUUUCUUCCGCAACAUCGACUGGGAAAAGGCAGAGGCUUGUGAAAUGGAGCCACCCAUUAGGCCGAAGAUUAAACACCGCAAGGAUAUAAGCAACUUUGAUGAUGUCUUCACCAAGGAGAAGACGGACUUAACUCCUACGGACAAGCUUUUCAUGAUGAAUCUGGACCAAAACGAUUUUAUUGGAUUCUCCUUUAUGAAUCCCGAGUUCAUUACCAUUAUAUAAAAGUUGUCUGAAAAAGCUAUGAAUGAAAUUCUGGAAAAACUAGAGGCUUUAAGCCAACUUUAUAAAACUUGAAAUGUUGUGUCCAGUGCUUAAGUCCUCAUAAAGUUUCUUUAAAAGCUUUAAAGCUCUUUAUAUCUGCA